AUGGCUUCUGAACUGAGGUCUAUGUUUUAUUUGCAAGAACCAAAAGCAGUAUGUGUUGAAAGGAGUUUGAGUAUAUCUGUGUUACAGAAGAAUCCUGGCAGCCAGUGGCCAGAAUGGAUGAAGCCAGGUGUUAGGGUGGUGAGAGGACCAGAUUGGCGAGCCACCAUCCGGGACCCGAAGUCUGUGGAUCUUGGUACCCUAAGUUAUGUACCAAAGAAUGCAGCUGACAAUAAGGUGCAGGUAGUGUGGGAUACAGGCCAAGAAAGAAGUUACAAAUCUGGUUUCAGUGGACAGUAUGAGCUAAGGGCUUAUGAUACACAACAAGUUGGAAUUAAGCACAAGAACAUUAAGUGUUCAGAAUGUUCCAUGAAACCAUUGAGAGGUAUACGGUUCCACUGUCCUACCUGUAACAAGGAUAUGUGUGUCGAAUGUUACAGUAAUGACAAACAUGAUUCCACGCAUGCUUUUCUUAGAUAUGAUACACCAAAUUCUGACAAAGUGAAUUUGCCACCAAGGAAGAAUUCUCCAUUUUUAAAUUUGAUGGGUGUCUUUAACAAGUCAGAGGUUAUCCGAGGUCCACAUUGGAACUACACUGGAACUGAUGGUGAUUCCGGGAAGGGCGUUGUCAUGGCAUUUGUCGAUGAAAAAGAUGGACUGGCAAAUGCCUGGGUGCGUGUAAAGUGGGAGAUCGGGCAUGAUGUGAAAGAGUACAGGUUCGGUGUUGGGGGAUUUGUUGACGUUGUUGCAUCAAAAGUAAGCAAGGGAGGCAAAGUGUAUGUAGAUCAUCUGCCAGUUAUAGGGAUAAUAAAGGUGAAAACAGGAGACAAGGUGUCUGUGAACAUGAGCUUGAAGGAGUUUCAGGAUGCACAGAAGAAAGGUAACAUCCCUGGAGGCUGGAAGGAUGACAUGAAACAGUGUGUGAACGAGAUUGGGACUGUUGUAGAAAUUCUGUUUGGAGGGGAUAUGGCACGUGUACAGUACCCGAAUGGUAAUUUACACAUUGUUGCGAAGGCUGCGCUGUAUAGGAGAGGAGGGUUCCGAGAGGGAGAUGCUGUAGAUAUUAUCAAAGACAAGAAACUGUUGAAGAAACUUCAGGAGGGUCAUGGUGGAGUUGAGAAAAGUAUGGAAGAUGCAUGUGGGAAAUUAGGUCGCCUGCUGAAGAUACAAGGUGACGGCGAUAUGAUUGUCCUUGUUGAUGGAAAGAAAUACACCUUCAGCCCAACCUGCUGCUCUCCCGUGGAUGAUCCGAAAUUGGCCAGUAAGGCACCACCCAUGCCAGUGUCAGACAGUGAGGACGAGGAUGAGGAUUUGGAACCAGAAGGGGACAUGGUUCCCGGCAGGAAGGUAUUAUGUAAUCCUGAUGAUGACAAGGGUGGUCAGAAGCAAAACCUGAAAGCUUUUUCGGAUGACUUUGGAUCUAUGUAUGUUAAUUUAAAGAGGAACCAAGGGGAUAUAUCCAGUCAGGGUAAUGCCAUGUCUGAGGCAUUCACCAAGGCAGACUUACAGGGUGUGAUGAACCUGGUCAAACGUAACAAAGGACUUGUUGAUUUCAAAAUGGAAGGACGUACAGUUUUGCACCUGGCUUGCCAUGAAGGGUAUAAGGAUCUGGUCACCUAUCUACUUGAGUCAGGGGCCGAUAUGUCUGCACGGGAUGACGAGGGAGAUACCCCACUCCACUAUGCUGCUUUUGGAAAACAGCCAGAUUGUGUACAGGAGAUGUUGCAAAGUGCUGCUGACCCCAAUAUUCAGAACAACAAUGGUUUUACACCACUUAUUAUUGCCAUUGACCACCCGGAUAUAGACUCUGUACAGUGCCUUAUACUCAACAAUGCUGAUGUGUCACUAAGGACUACAGAUGGUGAUACAGCAAUGCACAAUGCAAUAGAGCAGAAGGAAGGACAGCCGGUAAUAGUUUCCGCGGUCCUCAAUGCUUCCACAGCUGAUCAUUCUCUGUGUAACAGCAUGAACUUCAAUGUUCUUCAUUGGGCAGCUUUCAAAGAUAACAAGGCGGCUGUAAAGAUAGUAAUUGAAAGAAGUCCAAACCUUGUUGAUGAGCCUUUGGCUGGUGAAGGCUUUACAGCAUUGCAUAUUGCUGCUGUCAAUGAUUUUGCUGAGGUCGAAGGUAUACUUCUCGGACAGGGUGGGGCUGAUCCAAACACUCAGGACAAUGAAGGAAGGACACCACUACAUCUAGCUGUCUCCCAGCAACACAAGAGAUCUAUUGAGAUUCUCUUAGAUAAAAAAGCUGAUGUAAAUGCUCAGGACAAUUCAGGAGACACUCCACUUCAUCUGUCACAGAAAACAAAGACACAGAAAAUAUCAGCAUCAAGAAGUUCCAGAACAUGGAAUAGCGAUACAAACAUUCAGAUUGUCUAUUUCUUGCUGGAAAAGGGGGCAGACUUACAAAUUAAAAACAAGGCAGGGGAAACACCUAUUGACCUAAUUGUAGAUCCUCAGAUGAAAACCAUGAUUGAAAGGCUAACUGCAGCAUACAAGGCAGCACCGGCAAAAUCACAAGCGGGUGUACGUCUACCAAUACACUGGAAGAAGAUGAAAGUGACAGAUGUUGACAUAGUCCAGCUGGACGUCUCUGAUACCAUGCAGAAACAGGAGUUUGCUGAAGUUGAAAAACAUUUUAAGAGCACGCUAAGUCAGUGUGAAAUAGGAUGUAUUAAACGUAUCCAGAAUCCAUUACUCUGGGAACAUUAUACAUUAAAAAAGCGUGAAACAGAAAGUAAAGUUGGACAAGGCUGUGCUGGUGAACAGCACCUUUAUCAUGGCACAAAACCGGAUCUGGUUGAUAUAAUUGCCUAUGACAACUUUGACUUCAGAAUCGCUGGGUCAAGAGUUGGGGCUUUAUAUGGAGAUGGAGCUUAUUUUGCAACUACAGCAAAAUAUUCAGACUUGUAUGCCUCUGCUGGUGAUAACGGAUAUAAAAUUAUGUUUGUUGCUAAAGUUUUAACUGGAAAAAGCUGCCUUGGUGCACCCGGUUUAAAACGUCCUCCUGAAAUAGAUCCAAAUGACUUUAGGAAAGGCUACUAUGAUUCUACUGUAAAUAAUAUUCUCAAUCCUACUAUAUAUUGCGUGUUUGAUAAGAACCAAUAUUAUCCGGAGUACAUUGUAGAGUAUAGAUGAUAAGCUUGUUAUCGAAGGGGAUGCACUGUUUAGUUUUUACAGCAGUUGAUUAUUGUGGUAGGACAUGGGUUAUCUGUGUGCAGAUUGAGAAAACCUUUAUUAUUGAUUGAUGCCAAUGAUGUAAAUCUACUCUGGAGGGUGUAUAUAUGUCCUUGUUAAUGUUAAUUUACAAAAUUGCCCAUCAAAAUGGCAGUACAAUCUUUAAAUUUAAUAAUAGUUUAGAAAACAAUUUUAUGAUUUAUAUAUAUUUCAUGAUCCUGGUUAUUAAGUAUUCUAACACGACCAGCAAAUAACCUACAUACAUGUAGAGCAAAAUCUAUUUAGGGUUAUUCUGCAAUAAACCACUUGCGUGCAAUGACGUCAUCUGAUCCAGGUGGGUAGCACGGUCGUAAAAAAGUAGUUACCAAUUUUUCUAACACUGUUGAUACUAGUAUGUUGUGUAACAAUCGAAAUAAUAAGUUUCCAAGUGUGAUUUAUCGUAGAAUAACCCGAGUCUUGAGUUCUUAUGCGUACGAACAUAGGCCUGAGUGAUAUAUUGUUUCGCAUAAGAACAAAACCAUGUUUGGGAACUUAUUAUUUCUUAAUUAUUAGACAAAUUAUUUUAAAAACCAAGAUUGUUUUUAUGCCCCCAGCAUCUACUGAUGCGGGAGGCAUAUAGUGAUUGUCCUGUCCAUCCGUCCGUUCAUUCAUUCAUUGGUUCGUCCGUCCAUACGAGGUUAACCAAAUGGGACCGUUUCGUCUAGCAUCAUUACCCCUUACUAGAAUGACAUGAUACUAAUGCAGAUGUAACCUGUGGCCAUUCCUCAACUUCAGACAUCAUCUGACCUCAGUUUGACCUUGACCUUGACCUCAUUUUGGACUUAGGUUGCUUUAUAUGGGCCAUCUCGUGGUUAACCAAAUGGGACCGUUUCGUCUAGCAUCAAUACCCCUUACAAGAAUGAAUUGAUACUAAUACAGAUGUAAACUGAGUCCAUUCCUCAUCUUUAAACAUCACCUGACCUCAGUUUGACCUUGACCUUGACCUCGACCUUGACCUCGUUUUGGACUUAGGUGCAAAAUCUAUUGACAAGGAUGCCACUGGGGGCAUCAGUUGAACGCAGCUGCUUGUUUUAAUUUUAAAUUCAUAAUUUGAUCUAUAGAAGAUUGACAUUGUACACAGUUUUUCAUAAAUCAUGGUUUGUAUCUGUUUGAAUAGAGAAGUGUCAAACUGGAUGCUUUUAAAGCAUGUCAGUGUAAUGCAGACAAGAAAAAGUUGGGGUUUUAAAGUUAAUUGUAAAUAUAAGUGACAAAUUAGAACUUAAAUUAUGUUAAGCACUAAUGAAUAAACUUGACCGUAUCUUUGCCUUUGACCUUUCAGAAACAUAUCUAGAUUUCUGUAAGUGCCACUUUGUUUUCUACAUGCUGACCAGAAAAUUUACAACUGAAGGGA